CCUAGGGUGACUGACGGGAGGGGCGGAGCGGCGGGCAGCAUGGCGGCAGCCGCCGUGGUAUGGGGCGGUCUGCGGCACCAGCGCAUGCUGAGGGCGACGGGCGCCCGCGGCGGGCUCCGGUGGCCCGGGCUCGGCAGCGGGAGGGCGGCGGCGGCGGGCUGGAGCCGCCCGGUGCCCGGAGGAGAGGUGCAGUACUGUGCCGAGUUGGUGCGAAAGCGUGACUAUGAAGGGUUUCUGUGUUCUCUGCUGUUGCCUGCGGAAUCUCGAACCUCUGCUCUUGCUUUGAGAGCCUUCAAUGUGGAACUGGCUCAGAUUAAAGACUCCAUAACUCAGAAGACUAUAGGUCUGAUGCGAAUGCAGUUCUGGAGAGAGGCUGUGGAAGAUAUAUACUGUGAUAACCCACCACAUCAGCCAGUUGCUACAGAACUGUGGAGGGCCGUCAAGAGGCAUAACUUGACUAAAAUGUGGCUCAUGAAGAUCAUUGAUGAAAGGGAGAAGAAUUUGGAUGAUAGAGCGUACCGUAACAUCCAGGAGCUUGAAAUGUAUGCUGAGAACACUCAAAGUGCUCUCUUGUACCUCACCCUGGAAAUGCUGGGUGUGAGGGACAUCCAUGCUGACCAUGCAGCCAGUCACAUUGGGAAAGCACAAGGCAUAGUUACCUGCCUAAGAGCAACUCCGUAUCACAGUGCAAGACAAAAGGUCUUUCUUCCCAUGGACAUUUGUAUGUUGCAUGGAGUUUCACAAGAGGAUUUCAUAAGAGGCAAGCAAGAGAAAAAUGUGAGAGAUGUAAUUUAUGACAUUGCCAGCCAGGCCCAUAUUCAUCUAGAACAUGAAGCAGUUUACUCACAGCCAGGUCCAAAUGCAUAUAUAUAUAAAGACUGCCUAAAAGCCUUGUUACUGGGAGAGAAACUUCAAGCAGCCUUCUAUAAAGGCAACUACAUGCCAGCAUGGGAUCAGCACCAUAGAAAGCACUUCUGCAUAUGGUAUUUCACAGUGCUGUGGAACGGCUGCCAGGAAAGCAGAGCAUGUUGCCUUUAACUGCUGGUUAGUCUGCGCAGGAGGGGGGAUUCAUUCCCUAACAUGGCCAGCCAUGCCCAAAGCUAUGUUGGGAAAGGUGCUUUCUGUUUAUUUUCUGGCUCACAGCCAGGUGAAUUAAGAAGGACUUUUAUUUGCUUGGAACAGCAGAUAAUGAAUCCUGAAGAACUGCGGAGUCCUAGUCUAUUUUUCUUCUAUGCUCUUAUUUUAGCUACACUCUGAAUUUCUUGUUGGUACAUAAUACAAAAGCAAAAGAAUGCUGAGUCUGCCUUUAUGUGGAAGACAGAACUUGCAAGAAACACCAUGAAGAGUUUCUUAUGUCUACAAGUACAUGUACACAUAUGCUUUGAGUAUUGCACCCAAAACUUCCAAUCAAGGUAGUCUGAAAAGAUACCACUUUGAAGUAAAGACAUGCCAGAUUUACCUCUGUAUUUACACCAUUAAUAUAAUCCUCAAUUACAGUAUUACCUGUGAUCACAGUAUUUUGUGUGGUAGAGAUAGGAGAGCCCUUUGUUUUUUCUGAGGGUAAAAUGAGGCAUCCCUGUUUUGUUGAGUCAGUGGUUAGUUAGUUGAUUAAUGUUUUUAAUUUUUGUAAUAAUAUGUAGUCUUGGGCUUUAUUUUUAAUACAGAAUGUUUAUAAUUUGCAUUUAAUGCAUUCCUGUUCAUGUUUCACAUCAUGUCUCAGUUUUUGUUGUCACAUGCCCAAGGAAACUUGUUUAUUCCAUUUAGAAGCAGGGAACAGAGACAAAGACAAUACAAGGUGAAAAUUGUCCACUAUCUUUGUUCAAGCUGAAAUAUUUUGAUUUUUUUUUUUUAAAUUCCACACCCCUCAAUCCAUAAUGCACAUCAUGUAAAACCCAUUGACUUUGGUUGCAACUGUAGCUUACAAAAAUGCCAAGUACCUGGCCUGAAAUGCCUCAUACCAGGGUUGGGAGUCAUGGAGAACAAGCAAUGUGCAUUAAUUCUCCAGCUACUUAAAAUUUGGUUGCUGGUAUUGCAUGGGAACUUUGGGACAGAAGCAGGGAGAGAAUUCAGCUCUUCAGAGCCUUUCAGAUAAUUUGAUGAUUCUUAGUGCGCUAGUCCCCUGCCUCCCAACAUGCCAGCCAGCUCCUGAAGAGAACAGGCACAAACUUACCCACGCCCUUUCUUCCCACUCCAUUCCCAGAGCCCUGCCCAUGUUAUGCACUGGGAGGGUCCUAUGGAAAAUAUGCAAUGUGAUCAUGUAACUGGAGACUAUACAGAAAAGUAUAAACACAAGAAAACCAGAUUAGGGCAGCAUUAGCAUUUUAUUCAAGUGAAUGUUGAUCUUGGCACCUUCCCUUCCCCCCCCCGCUUUUGUUUUUGGUUUUUUUUAAUGGAUGGGUUAUAUCAUCUUAAUUAAAAUUAAAAAAUUCCUCUCUGAAUACUGGCUUCCAGCCUCCAUCAUCAUCAGUGAAGAGUAAUUGACAGUGAUCUCUGCAGUGUUCAGACCACUUGAGCUGGCAAUAACUGGCAGUAAUAACAGGGUAUCAGCCUCCUUGAUAAUCAGAUGGUCCUUGUUAAUGCAAGGAUAAAGAUACUUUCUCUCCUAAUGGAUGAAAUAAGCUUUUGCUGGCAACAUUUGCUGGGUAUUUCAAGAGUUUAUGUGAAUGUAAUGGGCUGGUGCCUUUAAAUGCAUCUGUUCUCCUGUAUAAAAUCACCAUCUUGUUUUGCCUGAGGGUCUUUCAGCCACUUACCCUCCAUCUUAGUUGGAAUUACAGUGUAGGGUAAAGUUUAAACCUGCAGAGAGGUUUCAACAAUCUCGGCAUUUGUUACACAAACCACAUACUUUGGAUCAGAAGAAAUAUAAUCCUCAAAUGCUAGAUUAAGUCCCAGCUAUAUUAUAUGAAGCAUAUUGUAGUAAGGUGGCACUUAAUCUUGGGAGAAAAGUGUAUGAAGCGUGGUCUGAAGCAUGGCCAGCUCUUCUUGAUACUUCAACUGAUGACCAGCAGAGGGCAAAAUAAGAUAAUGAAGAUUGCAGUUUUCUUUAGGAAUUGUGUGUUUUAUUGGAAAAAAAGCAUAUAAUAAAAGUGCUCUGUCAGUCCUACGGUGAUCCCUUUGAAAGCCUGUGAGUACAUUUACAUGUUCCCCUUCUUUCCCUUAAGCAUUCCCUCCCCCAUCCCUCUUUUUAAAAGAGGGUCUCAUUUUGGCUUUCUGUGUUUAUCUCAAUUAUGCUAGCUCCUUAUGGACUCAAUAUACCAAGGAAAAUAACAUGCUUUCUGAAUGACCUGCAACCCAUUCUGGGUUAAGAAGGUCAAGCAAGAUUACUUUCUUUUUUCAUCUUAUAAUUAAUAACUGUAAGGCAGAGCAUUAGAUCAGGGAAGAGCAUUUUCCUUUAGAGAUAUAUAUAUACACACACACACGCACAUACAUGCACACAUACAUGAUAACAUUUCAAAGUUUAAAAAUAAUUUUCCUUUUGGAAAGAUACAGUAUUUUCCCCUCAAAGUUUGAGCCUGAUUUUUCUGUUUUCUGGAAAGAUCCACAGAAAACUAACAGAAACUCAUAUAUUCUCAUCAGUAUUCAUAGAGGGUUUGUUUGUUUUAACCUGUAAGAAAAAGAAAAAAAAAAACCAAAAACAAACCAAACCAAACCAAGGAGGGGUUUUGUAUUUAUAAGUAAGCAUUACAGGACAAUUUGCUUCAGCUCUGUGAGAUGCACCUGAGUUGUACAUGGCUUUGAAUUGUAGAUUUGAUUCAGCCGUGGUUUAGACUAUAUGUAGAUACUGAGGACCCGAGGCAUUGAGAUCCUUUUGAAGUCCCAUAAAUGUAAAUGGAGCAUAACUGGACUUCUGGGACUGAUGGCAGCACCGAACCAAAAAGAUGCACUCAGAGAACUGCAGUUCUGGUCUUCCAUCAUUUCUGUCUCUUGGGAUGCAAAGAGUUAUUUGGUGUGUGGGGGGAGGGGGGAUGUGUUAAACUGUAUUUAUUAAAUCAGAUGCAACUUGGAACUUUGUUGGAACAAGGGAUGCUAAUUGACAUUGGUUUAUUGUAUGCAGACUGUAAGGUUGUCAAAACAUGUAAGAAUUUUAGCAGGCUGCUCCCAGUAUUACAUACUUUCUGUGUAAUCGCUUUUGUGUAGAGCGAGAGAUGGUGCUGCCUUGCACAUAAUGGAAAAUCGUAGUUUCAGGAUGCCAAAAUAAAAAGGGAUGAAGCUUGUAAUGCAGUCUGUUGGCUCUAGCCGUUAUGUGUAGUACUUGUUAUUUAAUCUGAAAUGUUACAUUCUCCUGAUAAGUACCUUUGUUUUUGUUCUUGUUUUUGUUGUUUUUUUUUCCCCUCCCACCUUACCCCAUUUAC